AUGUAUUCCGAUCUCUUUGACGCUCUAGGCGGUGGCGGUGCAGCCAGCAAUAGCUCUUCUUCCAAUGCUAAUCGCGAAGAGGUCAAACCUUUGUUGAGUUUCAAGGCUGGCAAGGUCAACCUUUCGCUACAAGAAAACGGGAAGUAUUGGGCCGCUCCUGAUACUCGCCGUGGCCAAGUGAAUCUAAAGUACAACGAUGAAGAUCAACUCACUUGGGAAUGGUAUGAUAGACGGGAAAAGAAAGUACAGGAUACCAUCAUUAUUACAGACCCUGUCACGUUGGAGAGAACCGAUGUUCCCAAAUCUACCGAUGCUGAUACCAACGAUCGAGUUUACUACUGGAAGCUUGAUAAUGUCUGGAGAAUGAUUUGGUUGCAGGACAAGGAAGAAGACAAAGAAUUGAUUGAAAAGGUCAAUGCCAUCUUGAAAAAACCAAAGAAGCCUGCUGAAGCUGCGGAUGCCGCUCCAGGAAAUGGACCCGUGUCAGCCCGUUCUCCUGGAAAUGCUAGUACUUCCAGUGCUUCCACAACCACAAGACAAGUAGAUGCCUUGUCCAAUAUAUUGGAAAACCUUGGUACGCCCUCUGGUGGUGCUGCGGCCACCGCUUCAGCCCCAGCUCCAGCCGCCGCUGCUGCUUCUGCCGCAGCUGGAGGAGGCACCCUGACCCUUGCUGAUCUGCAAGGAGUCAUGGCCGGUCUGCAAACGCAACCACAAGCGUCUCCCGCUGGAUUGCAGGAUGUCGUUUCUUCUGAUGCCAUUAAUAGCUUGCUAGAAAAUGAGGAUGUCCGCAACCGAUUGAUUCAAGAGCUGCCAGAAGAACAGAGAACUGCCGAACAUUUGGAAGAGAACCUCAGAAGUCCUCAAGUCCAACAAACAUUGCGAAGUUUGACGGCAGCUUUGAUGCCAGACGAUAAUGGAAACAUGGAUGGAUACCACAGUGUUCUUGCCAACUUUCAACUAGAUGCCGCUGAUGGCCAACAAGCCUUGACGCAGUCCAACAACCCAAUCCAAGCAUUUUUGGAUUGUGUCCUCGCUAGUGUAGAAAAGGAGAAGAAGGAUGACUCGAAGGAUGAAGAAAUGAAGGAGUAA